AUGGCUCCCCCACUUCUCCAGAGCUUCCGGAGGCAGCGCUCCAAAAGCAUUCACACGAUCACCAGGAAGCCGAUGUCUUGGCAUGAUAACAUAGAAGAGCCUGCGGAUGCCAAGUUUCUGAAUCUUAUUCACCAUGCUGCACUGGAGCCAACCAAGAAAUACACAGAGCCACAGACAGAGAGCCAGGAAAUUGGCUGGAAUACCACUCCCUUGAUUAGUGUGGACCGCACUGACCGCAGACUGUACUUCCCAUGCCGGAACAGUGAGAUCACCAAGUACAUGGCUGCCAUGUGGCGCCUGAAGGAGCAGAGUGAGAACAUGCAGUAGGGUGGUAGUAGCAACAUUGCUUUGCUAGGCAGAGUUGUAUGGUGGUGGGAGUUUCUAAACAACGUUGCCACCUCCUCAUUGCCAUGAGUAGCCCUGUAGAUUUCUGAGCAAGGGAGGAGGAAUCUCCAGCUGGGCCAUACCUCCUGGAAGCUGACAGCUGUUACAGAAAUAAACCCAUGUGAAAGUUCUGCUUUUCUCUCUUACUGCUCUCAUCCAAGUGGAUGUACUAACAACCUGAGAAAGGCUCUACCCUUUUGACAGGCUCCAGGCUUGAGACUGUAGCAAAGCCAGUAUUUACUAAGUCUGACCUGGAGGUUAAAUUCCCCACUUUUACCAAAGGCAGCUGUGGA